CUCAAAUCCACAACCAAGAUUCUCAAAUGAAAGAUUUCUCUUAAGGAAGAAGCAGAGCCAGUCAAUUAACAAAUCAACUCAAAAUUUUGUUUAACUCAGCCUGAGUUUCUGGGUUUCUUAAAAGCUUGAAGUGACUCAUUCAACUCAGUACCUUUACUUGGGGCUUAUGUAUAACAAUGCCUUCCACAUCUUCUACCCUUCUUCACUCAUUCCGGUACCGUACAUGCGUGUCUGUUCUUAAGAGUAGGCCUACCUUCAUAUCUAUCCAACCAUGGCUCAAUCAUCUUCUUCUGUCAACCCUCUCAAGUAUGGAGAUGUAUACAAAGCAGCAGAAAAAGGGAAGGAUCAGCCGGAAAUUCUCCAGAGAUUCUAUAUGGAAAGACCCACAUCACCCAUCAAUGAUCGAGGUGACACACUCCUCCAUCUUCUCAUUCUGAAUAAAAACAUAUCCGCUGCGAGUGAGUUACUAAAUUUGCAACUCAAUGAUGGCCGCCUAACUGUGAAAAAUUGCGAAGGCAACACAGCACUCCAUGAAGCAGCCAUGGUUGGUGAUGAUGCUCUGGAGAUUGCAAAGUCAAUGGUCCAGACGGAGAAGAGCCUAGUCAGUGAAUGCAAUCUGAAGGGAGAGACACCUUUAUACUUGGCUGCUGCUUAUGGACAGACACAGAUUUUUAAGUUGCUCAAAGAAACUAUCUCCCAUGAUCACCCAGCUUUGAAAAGAAAUGAUGGCUGUACAAUUCUUCAUGCUGCUGUAAUGGGAGAGUUUUAUGAUCUAGCCUUAAAGGUAAUGGAUUGGUACCCAGAUCUUGCUGUUGCUUGUAACAAAAAGAACAUCAAGGCUCUUCAUCUACUAUGUGAAUCAAUCUCUUCGUUCAAGAGUGGGACACUUUACUCGGAGUUUAAUAUAAACAAGGCCCCAUUCAUUCCAUGGGCAUUGUUGAAAUUAGUAAUCUACUUCUGUAUGCCUUUGGAUGCUGCUGAGGAUCUUCAAGAAACUGAAAAUGGACAGCGUUCAUCAUCGGAUGGUGGCAGAAAACAAUCAGCUGGGAUAGGCAAACGAUUUGUUAAUUUUAUCAGACGAAUUCCAAUUCUCAGAGGAAUUGAUGAUAAGAAGCAAAAGCAUAAGUUGGCACGAGAUCUGGCAGAACGAUUGAUAAUAACAGAACUAGAAGAUGAAACUGACAUUUCAUCUACCACAAAUACAAUCAGUGACAUACUCAUUUUAGCUGCAAGGUCUGGUAUUGUUGAGGUUAUAGAUGUGAUCUUCACAAAAUGCCCACGGUGUAUUGAGUUUCUGGAUGAGGAUGGGAAGAACAUAUUUCAUAUAGUAGCUGAGUAUCGACAAGAAGGAGUUUUUAAGCUUUUGAAAUCAAGGGGCCUUCUUACAACCAAGAUUGUUGCGGAUGUUGACAAGAAUAAGAACACACCUUUGCAUCUUGCAGCAGAUUAUGCUGAUCAUGUUCAAGAAAAGAUUUUUGGUCCAGCACCACAAAAAAUGUGGCGCGAGAUGCUCUGGUUCAAGCAAGUUAAGGAUGUUUCCCAAGGUCACCAAUUUCAUCUUCGAAAUGACAAAGACAAAACAGCAGAUGAGUUAUUUGACUACUCACACUGGCACUUGUUAGAGGAGAGCGUGAAGAAGAAUAAGGAAGUAACAGAGAAUGUCAUACUGAUCUCAACCUUAAUUGCAACCAUUAACUUCACUGCAUCAUAUGCUGUUCCAGGUGGUUAUAACCAGGAUUCUGGUAUCCCUGUUUUCUCCAGCAUUACCGGAGAUUUCCCUCCAUUUUAUGCAUAUUCUUCAGUUGCAUUGUUCUUCUCCGUUAUAGCCAUAAGUGGCUGCAUAUCCUCUUACCUGUCUCGCUUUCAUAAGAAUGAUUUUUACCUUAUUUUGCCACUCAAAUACCUUUUUAAUGGUAACACUCUCCUCUUCUCUGUGACCUAUACAGUUUUAGCAUUCAUACAAGCUAUCUUACUUGUGACAGAGGCCAAAUUUACACUCCUACAAUUUUCCCUUGGAGUUAUAGCUGUAAUAAUUGUUAUUGGAGCAAUCCUCCUUAUCUAUGUAGAUCUAAUGUUCCUACCCUUUUGCUACAUCAUAGAUGUGUCUCUGGAGUUUUUUUUUGCCAAGAGAUGUUCAAUUUAUUAGUUGAGUAUUCACA